UGCGAGUGUGUGUGGUGCGGCAGUCUGACCAUGUAUCGCAGCGUCGCAGCACGUCCCGAGUGGACCAUAGAGAGAUACGAGGGCGGCGACGCGACAGAACUGGUCCGCGACAUUCAGCAGCGGCGUCGUGAACUGCACGACAACUGUCGCGUGGAACAGUGGCUGACCGACCACGACGUAGCGGCCUACGUUCUGUACGAGGAAGGCCGCGCUCUAGCCUUCGCGCUGCUGAGCGGCUACCCGGCCGACCCGCGCAGCGCCACCGGACACAAACACCCGAGGUUCCUCAACUACAUAUACACGGUGGAGGCACAGCGCAACAGAGGUCUGGCCUCGGCGCUGCUGCGGCGCGUCAAACAACACGACGAGGUGACGGCCGUCUGCUGGAACGACAUCUCCGAGCGCAUCUUCUACAAGGCUGGCUACUACAUACAGGAGAUCGUCAACGCCACGGCGGUCUACAGAUACCCGUGAUCCUUCCUCACACCACUCCUGAUCAAUACUCAUUGUAUAAAGUAUUAUUUUGUAACAAAUAAAACAAGAAAACACCAUUUACAGUGGCAGGGACUGUAAUGGUGUGAAGAAAUAGUCAACUGUGUUGAGUGGUUAAUUAGGUAUUGUAGAGUAAGAAUUAAGUAUUAUUGUAAGAGGUUUAUGAAAUGUUUGUAUGUAAAUAAAGUAUACAA